AUGGCGCAGGCCCUCUGCAGAGGUCUUAUCAAUUCCGGUAAUUUUUGCCGUUCAGUGAUGCGAAUGAGUCCUGAGCUAUUACCAAGCAAGAGUCGGGUGGUACGGGUGAUGCCAAACACGCCUGCAAUCGUGCGUGCAGCAGCAUCUGCAUUCAGCGUUGGUUCGGCGUGUCGAGAGGGCGAUUCGGAUCUGGUCAAGGAGCUGCUGUCAACUGUUGGAUUUGCUGUCGAAGUGCCCGAAGUUCUUAUGGAUCCUGUUACCGGUUUAAGCGGGAGCGGCCCAUCUUACGUAAGUUUCGCUUCUAAAUAG